GUUUGUUGGCGUUUUUUGUAACUUUAUGAGCGUUAAAACGGCGAAAACUCCAAUUUUGGAGCGUUAAAACGUAUUAUUUUUAAGUUCUAGAAUAAUAGUGCUUUUUAACGCUCAAAAACGGGAAUUGUCGCCGUUUUAACGCCCAUGAAGUUACAAAAAACGUCAAUAAACGCGUUUUCAUGCGUUUUUUUAACGAGCGUUAAUGGCUUACAAUCGCGGUUCCCGAUUGUGCGUUUAAACGCGUUUUUCAAAAUUUUUUGUCCGACUGGGUCGUCUUACUAAUCAAGCAGAAAAAGCUAAACAAGAAGCAGCUAUUUUACGACAAUCUUUAAAAAGACCGGCAACAGAUGACUGUAAGUGAGGGCAUUCGUUUUUAAACAAUUUAAUGAUGUGUUUGUAUCUUUUAGAAAAUAUCAAUAACGAACUUGUCACUGUUUUUUUUAUUCCUUUAUUGAUAUCCAUGUUGGUCAUUUUUUUUUGAUUAAACUCAUGUUCUCCUUGUUUUUUGCUUAAACUCAUCUUAUUGUUUUUUUUUCUUCAGCUGAUGAAUUGAUAACAACAAUUAAUUUUCAAACACCUGAAUGUAUUCUUGUUUAUGCAUUUGAUUUACUUAAUGAACUUUUAGGAAAUGAUGAAGAAGUUCGCAUGUUUAUUGAUCAAAUAUAUUUACCAACAAUUAAUACACAAGCACGAUGA